AUGGACCCGACUUCACCCUCUUACGAUGGUGUACCAGUUCAGCGAUCACAGCUGCUGUCUUCCAUCACAGAAUUGAAACAAGGAAUCCAAGCUGCUGAGGCUGAUGCAGACCGCAUUGAGACCAGAAUCUCAUACAAAGAGGACUGGAUCACCGAGCUUAGAUCUAAGCGCAUUGCCUCUGAUGAACCCACACCGGCGAUCGACAAGGCCAUCAAGAAGGCACAAGCACGCCAUGGAGUCAUCGAAGAGACACUCUUUGCGAAGAAAGAUGAGAUCGCACGCCUUAGAAGCAAGCUGAAGAAAAAGGAGACAAAGCUUGCAGCGAUCCCACAAGUUGAGUCAUCCAAUGCACCCGACCCCAAAGACAACGAAGAUGCUGCAGCACUGCUUGAAGUCACAGCUACCCCGAUGAAUGUAAUCUUCACAAUCAGUGAAGACGGCAAGACCUAUACCAAUCCGCCCAUGCUUCGGGGUGUCCCAGUUGCACCUAUCAGCGAAACCGACUCGUACUGGAAUCCCAUGUGGAAAAAGUUCGCAGAGGCAGUCAACGAAGAGAAGGUGGAGAGGGAGUAUCAAGAAUACCUCUUGGCUAGACACCAGCGAAUGCUCGAAGGACCCCUGCCAGCAUCAGAGGAUGAACCAGAGCAAGUCUUCAAAAGAUAUCAGCGCAGCAUGAGGCAAGCCAAGGUCACUAAGCAGUGGUUUAACCCGGGCCAUACGAUCCAUCCAAACCAACUCAUGGCAAAGGAGCACUUGCCCGAGACAGGACUUUGCGACAACUAUGUUCUCUACAAGAUCUGCAACAUCCUUAGCCGCAUCAAUGCCAUGUAUGAGCGCGGAGAGCUGGGAAUGCCGCCUCUACACUUCCUCAUGUGGAGAAUGAGUGUCUCCCUGGAGCGCUAUCCGCACGACCCCUGGAAGUCAUUCUGCCGCGUCAUGGUUGACGAGAAGCACAGUGCUUACGACAGUAUUCUUCGGCAAGCCGAGAUCAGAGGUGCACAGCAUGUUGGCGACUACAACUUCUACUUGGGUAGAUGGAAGCAGGCAUCUUCUUCCAGAGACCAGGCCCAGUCAUCCGCAUUGGCCGCGAGCAGAUUCACCGCCCCUGCUGCAGCAACUGCACAGCCUACAGCGAGUUCCCAUGGGUCCCUCUUCCGACAGCAGCAAGAUCUGCCCGAGCCUAUCUCGAAUUUCGCUCCGAACCCGACUGGGGCAUCGAGCUCUCUGGUGCAGAUGCAGAUGUCCUCUGCACAGAGAGACAGACAACGCGAGGGAGAUGGACGCAAGACUCGCCACUCUGAAGAGGGAUCUGGUCAACAGACGUCUAAGUACGACGGUAAACCCUUGCGCUCGGCCAAGAAGCCCUGUCAGUCGCCCCUGCUCGUGGAGGACCAGCUUGUCAUUCGAACCAGAGCAUCCAAUGAGAGUAUGAUCUCAACCCAUUCCUUGACCAGAGCCGGCAUGGAGACCGAACCUCUUGCAGACCUGGCAGCGAAGCCUGGAGACGAAACUCAUUCUCAGACAUCCGUGUCCGGGGCAGAAAAACCCCUAAUGGAGGAUGGACUCCAAUGGGACAGCUUCGAGAAGAGCAUGGUCAUCGAUGCUUCGGGAAACGAGGCAACGGCUCCAACUCCCAAGGACGCCACCGCCGGAGACACAGUCGACACUCGUGAAUGGAUUGACAUGUUUGUCGGCUCGGAAGAAAUCAGAAGACAGAUCCAGCCUACGAACAUGGAGGCCAUCAGAGCUUCAGUCGGAGAGAGUCCGUUCCCGAAGGAUACUGGAAGAAGAGUUUCUCACGGAUUCGUCUUCCCCUGGUACCGCAGCGAGGAGGCUCAGAAACUGGACGAAUUGGGGUUCCCUUUCUAG